AUGUCCAAGAAGACGGUACACAGAGUCUUCACCAUGGAUAAAAAGGAUUCUCGUCAAACAUUCCUAUUUGGUUUCGGAAUGGGAAUGGACCCUUGCAUCAUCGUACUGGACAAGGAAGGCAACUUCGUCGGUUUUGGCUUCCUUGGUUAUGUUGACUUUGCAACCGAUGCGUGGUAUGAGUAUACCAUUCAGAAGAGCGAAGGAAGGGCGUUGACCCUCUUAAGACAAAUACGCCAGACGCUAUCGGGAGACGAUGAUCCAGAGCAGCGGAUGGUUCCACGGCGUUUGUGGGCGAAGAUAUUGACGGCGAAGUUGGCCUCCAAAGAGUUCCCAAGGCUGGAGCCGCCCUAUAUCCUUCCAUCGUUUCGGAGCUUGGAGCCCCCCCAGCAACAUAACCCCGUCGGGCCUAGUCCGAAACCUGGGGAGAGGGCACGGCCCUGA